UCCUCGGCUCUCUUCUGAAGACGGGAUUACCGUCUUCUUCUCCCUCGUUUAAAAAUGUAUUGGAAUCAGCUUGAUAGUAACUAGUACCUCAAUGCCCGCUCUUGUCCACGCAAAACCUUCGCUUGGGCCCUAUAUAGUCCCCCCGCCAACUCAGGCACCGCUUGACUGGGCCCCUCUCAUUAUCAUCGACCUAUCCAAAUUCGACGAGCCCAAUGGCAAACAGGAUCUAGCUGUUGAACUCAAAGACGCACUGAAGAGCUGGGGCUUCUGGACCGUAGUCGGCACUGGCUUUACUCAGGAGCAGCUGGAUCGCCAGCUUGCUAUUGGUAAUACGUUUUUCAAGCUUCCGCUAGAGGAGAAAAGAAAGGUUGCCUGUGACUUCUCGAUCGGGAACUAUUUUGGAUACAGAGAGCCAACAAGGUUCGUUAGUAGCUCGGAUGUUAAAGAGAAUAUGGAAAUGCUAAAUGUACCAAAGUUCACGCCGGACUAUGCUAAUGUUCCCCAGCAUCAAUUCGUCAAAGCCUUCCAUGACGAGAUUGCCCAGUUCCACCGGAGAAUAUGGGACGAUGUCAUUCGGAAACUUUUUGUCCUGUUCGCGAUAAUACUGGAGCUGCCGGAGAACUACUUUAUCGAUCGUCACAGUUAUGAUGCACCGUCAGAAGAUCAUCUGCGCUAUAUGAUUUACCACCCGCGGUCACUUGAAGAUGAUAAAAAGAUUUCAGACCAAUGGACAGCUGGACAUACAGACUUUGGUUCUCUUACCCUCCUCUUCUCUCAGCCCGUUGCAGCACUCCAAGUCAAGGAUCCCAAUAAUGAAUGGAAGUGGGUCAAAUAUGUCCCAGGAGGCAUCACCUGCAAUGCAGCCGACACCUUGUCAUUCUUAACGAAGGGAUAUAUCAAAAGUACCAUCCAUCGCGUCGUCCGUCCUCCUCCCGACCAAACGCAUCUUGAACGUCUCGGGCUCUUCUAUUUUGCAAGACCAGGUGAUGAUGUACCGAUGGUUCCUGCUCCGAGUCCUGUUCUCUUCCGCGAAGGGUUGGUGACCGAAGACGAAACCAAAGUCAAUGAAGACUCUGUCAGUGGAUAUGAGUAUGUCCGUGCGCGAGUGAAGAAUGUCCAUGACCGGACGAAGACUCGUAUCGCUGAGAAUAAACCGGAUGCGGUCUUCCAGGUUAAGAACCUUGUGGUGCAAGACUAUUAUGUCUGAGGAGGUUCAUUGCAAGGCUGUGUACUAAUAUUGUCGCUCAUUGGAAUGGUGUCGCUUCAGAGCACGCAACCGGGAUUUUGUACACGUUCUGAAC